AUGGAAGAGACAGUGAUAGUGGUGAAGAAAAGAUUGCGAUCCAAAAAAUUCAGAAGAAAACCAAAUUGCAAAUCACGUUUUCGAAGCGCCCGCAGGGGUUUGUUCAAGAAGGCUGCUGAACUAAGUGUUUUAUGUAGUGCAGAUGUUGUCGUUCUUGUUCAAUCUCCAGCAGGCAAAGUCUUUGCAACCGGUGGCCAUGCCUCAGUCGACUCCAUCAUUGAUCGGUAUGUUGCAGCCUUGCAGGGAAAGCAUCAAGAAGAGGAGGAGGAGAAGAAAUAUUUGGAUAUUAUGAAAGAGAUUGAGAUUGAAAAGGCGAAAGGGAAGCUUUUAAUGCAGCACAAGGAUGAUAAUUCAAAAGGGUUUUGGUGGGAUCUGCCUGUUGAUAAUCUUGAACUGGAUGAACUAGUUGAACAUAUGGAUGCUAUGGAGAUUUUGAGGCAGAAUGUUUUGACUAGAGCCGAAGCGAUGGCUGCUAACAAUAAUGUUGUUGACAAUAAUGCCAUUCCUGCUGUUGUUGCUAACGAUAAUCCUGGUGACAAUAAUGCUGCUAACAACAAUGUUGCUACUAAUAACAAUGCUGAUUUUUCAUCAAGUGUAUUGAUUCCUAAUGUUUCUCUUGAUAACUUUGGUGGGCGUCCAGUUAUUCUUUGUGAGUCUGAUAAUGAGGACAAAGUUGAUGGCACUGAUGAUCCCUUCAUGCUUGAGAAUCUUAACUUCGAAACUAAUAGCCAUCAGCUUUUAAUAUCAGGAAAUCCUAAACUUGAAGCUGAUGAUGAGCUCUUCAUGUUCGACAAUCCUAACUCCCUGAUUGAUAACAAUCAGCUCUCAAUGUUAGCAAUACCUAAGCUAGAAAUUGAUGUUGAUGAGCCCUUAAUGCUAGAGAAUCCUAAAUCCCCAAUUACUAUUGAUCAGCUCUUGAUGUUAUAG